UUCCACUAUGUUUUGAUUCUUUUGAACCCUCACUAUCCCGCUCACUCUUUUCAGGGAGUCGCUGAGUCAGGGGCCGACCUUCUCUCUAAAGCUCUCGGAGCUUUACUGCUUGCUUUGGAGGUGUAUCCGGAUCAAUGUCAAUGUGUGUAUAUACUAGGCUCCCAAUUUCAGUUUGAUAUCUUAUAUUUUCCCUUGCUAACCUGUAAAUAUGAAGAAAGAGAAUCUUGUCCCUGCUAACAUUGGAGGUGUUGGUGGUCGAUUAACACGUGCUCGAGCAGCAGUAUUGCGUGCAUCAGGGCAGCUGCCUCCUCUGAAAGUACCCACACAACAAGAUCAGAAGAGAACUUCGCUAGCAAAUGUAAAAAGAGCUGCUGCAGAGGAUAAAAACCCCAGAGCAUCUGGUGAUGCAUGUCUUCAACGUAAGAGGAAAGCAGUGCUUCAGGAUGUCACAAAUGUUUGUUGUGAAAACUCAUAUAGGAGCUGCUUCAAUGCAAAUAAAAUUCAGGGAAAGAAAACCAAGGAGGAUAAAGAAGGCCAUGUCAAUUUGACCAAAGUUGCCGCUCCAGUUAGUACUAAACUUCUACCACUUGAAACUGAUUCAAGCAUAAAAUUAUGUCAAGAACCAGUGAGAAUAGAACCCAAAUCAGAGGUACUGUGUUCCGCAAAUUUGCUAAAAGAUUCAUCUUUUACCAUGAGGGAGUGUUGCAUAGAUGAUCGUCAGCUUUCAAAGCAGAGUUCUGGGAUGCAUUCCCGAGCCAGAAAUAUUUCUAUUAAAGCUGAGAAAUGUAGCACUUCUGACAAUAUGUUGAGAUCAAGUGAUCCGGACUUUACAGAUAUCGAUUCUAAUCACAAAGAUCCUCAGUUUUGCACUGUAUAUGCCCCUGAUAUAUAUAGCAAUCUGCGUGUUGCUGAGCUUGCCCGGAGGCCGUAUCCUAAUUUUAUGGAAACAACACAGCGUGAUGUUACUCAAAGUAUGCGGAGCAUCCUGGUUGAUUGGCUUGUGGAGGUAUCUGAGGAAUACAAGUUGGCAUCAGAUACACUUUACCUCACUGUACAUCUCAUUGAUUGGUUUCUCUCUGAAAAUUACAUUGAAAGACAAACACUUCAAUUGCUUGGUAUUACCUGCAUGCUGAUUGCCUCCAAGUAUGAAGAAAUUUGUGCCCCACGUGUGGAAGAAUUUUGCUUCAUAACAGACAAUACUUACACAAGGGACCAGGUACUAAAAAUGGAGAGUCAAAUAGUGAGAUACUUUGGGUUUCAGAUAUUUGCACCCACUACAAAAACUUUUCUUAGGAGGUUUCUACGAGCUGCUCAAGCUUCGUACAAGAGCCCUAGUCUUGAACUGGAGUGCUUGGCCAAUUAUUUAGCUGAAAUGACGUUGGUUGACUAUAGUUUCUUAAAUUUGCUUCCUUCUCUCAUUGCUGCAUCGGCUGUAUUUCUUUCCAGAUGGACAUUGGAUCAGUCAAGUCAUCCAUGGAAUCCAACUCUUGAGCACUACACUAAUUACAAGACGUUGGACCUAAAAACCACAGUUCUCGCAAUGCAAGAUUUACAAUGGAACACCAGUGGGUGUCCUCUGAAUGCCAUACGCAUGAAGUAUAGGCAAGAAAAGUUUAAAUCUGUGGCUGCUCUGUCUUCUCCGAAACUGCUUGAAACACUCUUUUGAAGAUAAACUGGAUGAUAAAUCAUUAUCGGAUGGGUUCCAAACGAUACAUAUGAUUCUCAGGUGAACGUUUGCUAUGGCUUUUGGUCGUUCAGAUCCCCACGAGGUUGUAGCUGAUUCGUUAAACUUUACCACUUCUGCCAAUUAUGUUCUUCAAAUACAUUGCUUAUAGUUUUUGUGACGUUACUGUGCUUUUGGUUCUUCCAAGCCGAUGUCAUAGCCGGGUUGAAUUUGGUUACCUGAGAUGUCAAGUUACUAAGCUUGAAUUUGAAUAUCAACUUGUUGAUAACUUUGUUCUACCACAAUGUCGGAUAAGGAUGAGGUUUCUUGGUUUAAAGUUUGAAGGUUAUGUAAACCAGCUAACUUGAUGUAACUAUUAGGCGCAGAAUUAUCGUUAAUGGACCAUCGUUCUAUGUCGUUGUCGUGGUUUCUGUCCACUCAUUGCAACUUUUACUUGUUAAGUACCUUGUGGGACAGCAAUUAACGGCUUAAACUAGUGUUAUCUAUGUUUAAUGAUCAAGUGGGGUAAAUCUUGGUGA